AUGACGCAGUACGAUCCCGAGGCACGCAUCUGGUCCGCCCGGCCGCGACCACCGGUGCUGAAUCCGCGUGCCAGCGUCGGCCAAGUGCUGCUGAACGUGCUCGAGCGGACGCCGACCAAGGUGGCGCAAAUCAAUGCGGACACGAACGUUUGGCUGACCUGCGACGAUCUGCGCCGCCGGGCAAUUCGUUUUGCCCUGUUCCUGCAGGACCACUUGAGCAACGCGCCCGCCGAUGGGGGCGACCCGGUGGUGCUUAUCGCGCGGAACUCCGACAACGUGGCGCCGGUCGCGAUCGGGUGCUUCCUAGCCGGCAUCCCAAUCGGCACGCUCGAUCCGGCGUUCAGCUCCGAAGAGAUCCGCAAUAUGCUGGGCAUCAUGCGGCCUCGCGCCAUGAUCACUGACCGUCAAACGCUGCCGUCCGUGCGGGCGGCGGUCGGUGACACUUUUGCAGGGUUGCUGCUCGAGUUUGACAAGGUAGGUGUGCUACAGAUGACGGACCACGAGCCGGCUGACCCGCAGUGCUAUUGCAUCGACACGCUGCUCGGGGGGAAAGUGUCGAAACUGGAGGACGCGUACGUCCCGCCGUACCUGGGCGAUUCGGAGCGGCGAACGGCGGCCAUUGUUUGUUCCUCUGGGACGACCGGUAUGCCGAAGGCGGUCCGCAUCUCGCACGCACAGCUCAUCGCGCCUUACCAGCGGAUCAGUCAGCUCGACCGUGACGAUACGAUCCUGUGCUUCAGCACGCUCUACUGGAUAUCCGGCCUGCAGAUGCUGAUGACGGGGGUGCUCAAUGGCAUCCGGCGCAUCAUCACUAGCGAACCCACGUCGCCCGGCUUAGCGAUCGAGUUGUGCCAGCGGUACGAUGUGACCGUCCUGCUUGUGACGCCCACACUGGCCGCGGACAUGAUCCGAAUGCUGGAAAACGGUGGCGAUCGGCUUCGCUCGCUCAAACUGUUUGCCGUCGGGGGGAGCCCGGUGCCGAUCACGCUGCGGGCCGCCAUCAAUCAACAGGCGGUGGUUAGCGGCCGUGGUCGAUGCUUUGUCGGCUACGGCAUGAGCGAGGCGGGUCCGGUGGCUUACGAGUACGUGCCGCGCGCCGAUUCGGUCGGAUUCCUCACUCCCGGUGUUAAGGCGAAGAUCGUCGACGCGGAGGGUCGCCUUCUAGGGCCAAACGAACCCGGUGAGCUGCUCGUGCGCCCCGCACAUCCGUUCCUCGGCUAUCACCGCGAUCCAGUCGCUACCGCGGGCGCCCUCGACCAGGACGGCUACGUUCGCACCGGCGAUAUCGCUCGUUUCGACACGGACGGGUUCCUCUUUCUGGUCGAGCGCAUGAAGGAGAUCUUCAAAGUCGGAGGCCGUCAGGUGGCGCCGGCCGAGCUCGAAAGUAUUAUCGGCGAGAUGCCCGGUGUGCGGCUGGUGGCGGUUGUUGGCGUCCCGGAUCCGGCAGCGCCAUUCGAUGAUCUCGCCAUGGCACUCAUUGUGCGGGCAGAGGGGCCGGCGGGUGACGCACUGUCGAAGCAAAGCGUGCUAGAUCACUUGGAGAAAAGCGUCUCCGCCGAACAUAAACGACUCCGUGGUGGUGUAUUCUUCGUCGGACAGCUACCCAUGACUGCAAAUGGGAAAGUGAAACGCAGCUCCGCAAAGGAUAUAGCAGUGGAGAUGUAUGCUAACUCAUUUAGAAUCUAUGACUGAGACUAAUUGAAAUUUUACAUUUCCUCCAUUUUACGCAAACCCACCGGCUCUGAUAGAAGAAAAUCCUACAAAUAUACGGUGGUAAAGCUGCGUUACACUUU